CGUUGUUGCCGGAAGUGGGAGUGAACACGUUCCAGUUGGCUCCUUUGCGUUUCGGGCGUGCGAGCGAAGGGUCCCGGCCGGCCGGCUUCAAAGCGUCGUUCGAUGACCCGUCGUCCUUUUCUGCUGUUGUUUUAGCUGGCGUGGAUGGAUGCGGACCAGACGGAAGCGGAGAUUCCGCACGACGCCCUGGGCCGGCGGGUGUCUUGCGGCGACCACAGGGCCACGGUCCGCUUCGUGGGCACCGUGCCGCCCACUGCAGGCGCGUGGCUGGGCGUGGAGUGGGACGAUCCCGGGCGAGGGAAACACGACGGCCGCCACCGAGGCGUGCGCUACUUCACCUGCAGGCACCCGACGGGAGGCUCCUUCGUGCGGCCGUCUGUGGCGAGCUUUGGCGUGGACUUUGCGUCAGCGGUGCGGCGCCAGUACGCGACCGAUGCGGCGGACGAGGAGAUCAGCAUCUCGGGAAGGACGUUGGAGUGGGCCGACGUCCGCGAGCGCAGCUUGGAAAGCCUCCCCACCGUCCUCCUCCCAAACUGCCAAGUGAACGGGCCGGGAGAAGAUGGGCAAGUCGUCAGAACCACACCGAACGUGCGCUGGUUGGACCUGAGCGCCAACCUGCUGCGCAGCUGGGACGACGUGGCCGCCAUCGCUCGACAGUUGCGACAUUUAGAGGCUCUUCUGCUCAGCUUCAACAGACUGAGUUUGCCCUCUGACCCCGCGGCCCACCGGCAGGCCUUUCCUAACCUCAAAGUUCUGACUCUCAUCGACUGCGAGCUCACGUGGACGCAGGUCCUACGGUGCGCCCCCAUGUGGCCGAAGCUGGAGGAGCUCAUCGUGGAGAACAACGACAUCACGCAGUUGCAGAGGCCCGAGGGCGUCCUGCAGGGGCUCAAGUGCCUGAAUGUUUCCAAAAACCCUCUGGACCAGGACAGCCUGCUGGAGCUGGGCGCUCUGCCGAGACUGGAGCACUUAAUCAUGACUGACACCGGGUUGUCCAAAGUUCACUUCCCGGAUGCCGCGCCAGGAGAGGAGACGUCUGUCUUUGCGUCCCUGGAGAAGCUCAACCUGAGCAGGAACAACAUCUCUGAGUGGGGCGUGAUCGACGAGCUGUCCAAGUUGGCGUCGUUGCGUCGUCUUUGGUGUCAAGAGAACCCGUUGGCCAGCGGCGACGGCAACCCCAAGACGGCCAAUCAGAUGCUCAUCGCCAAGCUGCCGCACCUCCUUGUCCUCAACGGAUCCGAUGUGCCCCCUCAAGAGAGGAAGGGAGCGGAGUGCGACUACCUGAAGAUGUUCGGGGAGGAAUGGCUGCGGGCCGUGGGGCAGAGUCAACUGAGCCAGGAGUUCGCCAAUCGCCAUCCUCGUUACCGCAGCCUCGUUGACAAGUACGGCGCUCCUGACGAAGGCGAGCUGACCAAGCGCCAACCGUUUGCUCUUAAGAAUCAGCUGUUGAAAAUCACAUUUGUGUUUGUGGACAACGCGGCGAGGAUGCCGCUGGAGAAGAAGCUUCCAGCCUCAAUGGAGGUCCAGAAGGUCAAAGGCCUGCUGUCUCGACUCCUGAAGGUUCCUGCGGUCGACCUGCGGCUCAGCUACACCAGCGCCAAGCUUACGGGUCCCGAGUACCGCAUGGACAACGACCAGAAGACUUUGUUCUUUUAUGCCGUGGAGGACGGAGACACGGUCCUCGUGCGGCGCUCGUAAACACUCGUGCAGACAGCACACAGCAAGCACUCAGCCACACACACACACACACACACACACACAGCUGACAUGUCAAAGGCCAACUUCCGCUAGUAACAUGCUAUCAGGACUUGCGAUAUUCUUGUUUACUGCUGUAAUACAAUAAAAUCCAUCUGCUAUCCAAAA